CUCAUUGAGUCGGCUUCCGUGUUAUGUCAACAAUGAAAUUGUCAAUGUCGAUGUUUUGAUUGAAUGACAGGACAGGUUGUUUACUUUUCAUCUCCAAGUGUUUAUUCCAAAAUUAUUGGAAUUUCCUUAAAUAGAUAUCCAAUAUUAUAGUUCCAGUUAUUGCUAAGAAUGGACAUAAUAAUAUUAUGAUUUAUGUCUUAGUGACUGGUCCGACUUAUCUGCGAAUGUUGUACAAAGUCUUAUCGACAAAAAUGAUGUUAAAGUUGGGUGGUGACAGGCUCCGUGUCAGUGGGUGGCCUCACCCCUCGGCUACAAUGUGCUACUCUCCAUGCUCAAGGAAGCCUCACCAUUGGAAAAGUAUAUACAGAUAGCGAAGUCUUUUGAAAAAACAGAAGGAUGUAUAUUGAAAAACAGAAUCUUUGUAUCACCUACAAAUUCUAAAGACAUAUCAAAAUUAUCCAAAUUAGCUAAGAUAGAGGAAACAGAGUUUAGUAAGGAUGGAAAUUCAUUCACUGCUUAUCUAAACCAGUUUGGACACUUAAGAUGGCAUGAAUUUGGUUCAAAAACAGAAUUAAUUAUUGCCAACAUCUGUUCUUUUGAGAGCACCUGGCAGCUAAAUAAAAAGUCGGAUAUAGAAAUGAAGUUAUAUAACUCAUCCAAUUACACGGACGAUGUCAGAUAUGAGGGUAGAUUGUUGGAAAUACCCCUCAGCUUAGAAGAUUUCAAGCUGGUAUUACUAAUACCGAACGAGACUGAUGUCCUUAGCACUCUGUUCUCGAGGCUGACGAGCCACGGCAUGGCGGCCGCGGUGAGCACCUUGCAUCCAAUGUUCACCGCCAAGUCUGUGAUCACGGCACCCCGUGUUGACGUCAUCUCGAGAGUACACAUUAAUGAGAAAAUCAGUGAGAUGCCUGAUGCAUUAACUAUCCAGUACGGCGCUAUAAAUGUGUCAGACAUCGGGACACGUAUCCAAGUGUGGACAUGUUUAUACUACCCAGCAAACACAGUGACUCGAGACGAUGAAGUGAAAACAACCCGGCCACCAUAUUAUUUCGCAUUAGUUUACAACGAUACGCCUAUAUUUUACGGAGAUAUUAAUAGUCUUGUCAUCUGAACCGAAUCUGGCUGAGAGAAAGUCGCAAACUAUUAUAAAAUAAAUAAAUAAUAACAGUGCAGAUCAGCUGUUGUAAGUUGCGGGCGCCAUCUUGUUUUUGGAAUGUCAAUGAGAUUUUUAAAUAAAACUUCUGUUACGGAUUUUAUCGCGGUAAGGUAUAUUAAUAUUAUUUCAUCCCGACGUUUCGGAUCCUUUACAGCAUCCACGAUCACGGGCAGACUACGGUGGUGGUCGUCAUGAUAUUAUAGUUACACAGUUAUCCUACAUAAUUUAAUAUAACCGCCAUAAAAUCCGUAAAAGUAGUUUUAUUUCAAUGGCUAAUAUUCGCGUAAGUGUCAGAAAUCAAUAUGUCAAUGAGAUUUGUUCUCGUAGACUUGCGCCAAUGUGUUUUUUUUUAUUUACAAUAUUAUAUGGCGAGCGAGGCUUUUGAGAUGUGGUGCUGGAGGAGGAUGGAGAGAAUUAGCUGGACGGAAAGAGUUACUAACGAGGAAGUACUUAACAGAGUACGAACUAAGAGGCAACUAUUGCAAAAUAUAGAGAAUAGGAGAGGAAAAAUGAUGGGACACCUUAUACGUCACGACGAUUUUAUCAAAAACAUCGUGGAAGGGAAGGUCGAAGGAAAGAGAGGAAGGGGUCGUCCAAGAUAUAGCUACAUCAAGCAAAUUAAAGAAAAGGUGAAGGUUGUGACGUAUAAGGAAGUUCAGGAGUUGGCGCUAGAUAAGUGUAAAUGGAAGGAGCUGCACCGACAAGAGCUGGGCUCUUAAAUUAAUGAUGAAUUAACUGUAAUUUGCAGAUAAUUUUGCGAUAAAUCUAUUCAAAAGUAUUCGCGCGGGUUGCUAUAAGAAUGAAUGUUGUAUCGAAUUGUUAAAGUAACAUUAAAAUGUUCUUCUCAAGGUGUACAUA